UUCUAACCUAUAAGAUUCGAUUUAUAUAAAAAUUAUUAUUAUUUCGCACUGAUUAGAAUUAUGGAAUUUUAUUAAGUGAAACAAGAUUGUUAGAUAAAAAUGGUUUACGAUCAUGGACAAGCCGUGAGACUGUUAUACAAAACAAUUUUAAAAUUACACAGAGGUUUGCCUCCGGCGAUGCAAGAAUUGGGGACAAGAUAUGCAAGGGAAGAGUUUCGGAGACACAAAAAAUGUACGCCAGAUCAAGCUUUAAUCUUUGUUAAUGAAUGGACGGAUUAUGCUAUAACGUUAGCAAAACAAUUAGGUGUACAAGGAAUUAAAAAACAUACUGAAAUUGGGAAAGCACUCAAUGAUAAAGAUUUGGAUCAUUUUCGUCCCGAACAAGUGCAACAAUUGUAUGAAUUAAUGCUUAAUGCAACUGGACGUGAAAAGGAUAAAAUUAAUGAUAAAACAUAAGUGGGUAUUGUUAAUAGAAAAUAUUUAUUAUAUCAAAUUUGUAGAUA